UAUGUUUAUUUUUGUCUUCAGUGCUACGGACACAGAUAUCAACAGUACGCUUAAAAAGUGACAUGUUACUUUUUUUAUGGAGAGUUGGCUAUUAAAUGACGAACCGUCUUUUGAUAGGAAUAUUGCUUGAAAUAUUAGUACAUGAAACUUGAAGUGCUUACCGAUUCCCUGCUGCCAUCGCGUAAUGGUGCACGUUUUUACUUUUGUUAUUUCUUUAACAUGACAGUUUGAGUGAAAUGCCGAUUUAUAUUUGUGACUGGUAGCUGUUGUUGGUCUUUUACUAAUAUGAGUUGCAAUCCUGAAGAACUCAUUGAGGAUGCCGUGACAUCCUCCACAAGAGCUGUGCAGUUUGACAGGUCAGGUCAGCAUGAAAUUGCAGCUUAUUAUUAUCGUGAAGCAGCAAGGUUCUUAAAUGUAGCAGCUGGUAGCUCAGCGGAUGCAGAACAACAGGAAACUUGGAGGACAAAAGCACGUGAAUACGUUUGCAGAGCGAUUCAAUUAGAUAACCUCGUAUGUGCCCAACGCAAUGAAAAUACUGGCAGUUCUGAAGUGAAGCAGCAGCUUCUGAAGUGCAAGUUUUUAUUUCAUCAAGCAUUAAAUGCUGAUGAAGCAGGCCACAAAGAAGAAGCCAUUGAACUUUAUUUAAAUGCUGCAGAUCUUGGUUUGAAAGCAAGAGCAGCAGCUGUCAAUGAUCCUGUGCUCCAUGCUAAACUUACGGAGGUUACUUGCAAUGCUGUGGAACGGGCUGAGGAACUGAAAGGGAUUUCUCACAAACCAAAGGAAACUUCAGUCUCUGUCCAACCAUCUGUCCCUACAAUCCCAGAAGCAAAGAGCCCUAGUAUAUCAGUGAGAGCUUCAUCUCAAAGAGGAACUGGACCACAGCUUCAUCGUGGCAGCAGUGCACAUUUGAAAAUUACUGGACAAGAUACUUAUACAGAAGAAGAGAAACGAGUUUUAUUACAGACUUCAAAUAUAAAUGGAAAAGAAUAUGUACCGUUUAUGAGUGUUGAUUUAUCAGAACGAUUCCAAUAUUCGUUACCAUACACAGACCGUGAUGGUCCACUGCCAUUGUCACCAAAACAGCGGAAGGAUUUUGCACGAUGGGCUCGGCCAGAGGAAUUCUGCUCAGAACCAAAGAUGGUUGUUGGGUCACAUGUUGAUUGCUUCAGUAUCAAACAGACAGUCAUAUCUGACUGUUCUUUUGUUGCAUCAUUAGCUGUCAGUGCAUUGUAUGAAAAGAGAUUUGGCAGAAGCCUUAUAACAUCCAUUAUUUAUCCCCGUAAUAAGAAAAAGCAACCAGCAUACAAUCCUUUUGGUAAAUACAUGAUCAAGCUACAUAUCAAUGGAGUCCCUCGUAAAAUCAUUAUUGAUGAUAACCUUCCACUGGGAAGAAGAGGAGAACUGCUGUGCUCAUAUUCAACAAACAAAAAUGAGUUAUGGAUUUCAUUGCUGGAAAAAGCCUACAUGAAAGUUAUGGGUGGAUAUGACUUCCCAGGAUCAAACAGUAAUAUAGAUUUACAUGCACUGACUGGCUGGAUACCUGAACGUGUGGCUAUCAGGCCCGGUGAACCUGAUUUCAACAGUGAUGCUCUGUUUGAUAAAUUGUUAACUCGCAUGUCAAAGGGUGAUGUACUUGUUACUGUGGCAACUGGAGAGUUGUCAGAUGCAGAUGCAGAUCGCACUGGACUCGUUCCCACUCACGCUUAUGCGGUACUUGACACCAAGAAAGUGAAGGGUGUUCGUCUCCUACAACUGAAAAAUCCAUGGUCACAUUUAAGGUGGCGUGGCAACUAUUCAGAACUGGAUACAAGACACUGGACACCAGACCUUAAAGAAAUCCUAAACUUUGACCCGAACAGUGCAGCAAUGUUUGACAAUGGUGUUUUUUGGAUUGACUAUGAAAGUAUUCUACGUUUCUAUGAUGUCUUCUACUUGAACUGGAAUCCUGGACUUUUCAGUUACACAUACUGCAUCCACCAGUCAUGGAAAGCUGGUGCGGGCCCUGUGAAGGAUGCAUAUAAUGUUGGGGACAAUCCACAGUUUUCUCUUGAAGUAGAGGGUAACACUGGAGCUGUAUGGAUCUUACUUACUAGACAUAUUACAGAGAUAGAAGAUUUUAAAGAAAACAGGGAGUACAUUACAGUCCUCGUGUAUAAAAAUGAUGGAAGGCGUGUGUACUAUCCUCAUGAUCCACCUCCAUUUAUUGAUGGUGUCCGUAUAAACAGUCCUCAUUAUCUCUGCAAAUUGGUCUUGACUGAAGCCAGUGCUAAAAGAUAUACUUUAGUUAUUUCACAAUAUGAGAAAAUGAACACCAUCUAUUAUACUCUGAGAGCAUAUGGCACUUGCCCAUUUUCAUUGAGGAAGAUUGGUGAUCCAUAUGAGUACACCAAACAGGUUACUGGCAAAUGGGAAGGACUGACAGCUGGUGGUUGCGCUAAUAAUCGUGAUACAUACAAUAACAAUCCAAUAUACCAAGUAAUCAUUCAGGCUGCUCAUAAUAACACACAAAUGUUGCUUGAUCUCAAAGGGCCAAAACAGUAUCAGAUUGGUAUGGAUGUCAUAAGUGUUGUUGUAAACGAUCCAAAUGCACCAACAGCCUUUAAACGAAAAGAUUCUGGACCAUUCAGAUCGGGAUUUGUGGUGCUUGACUUACAAGAUGUUCCUGCUGGCACAUACAAUAUUAUUCCAGCCACCUUCUUGUCUAGGCAGGAAGGACCAUUCUUUCUCACUGUGAAAUCUUCUUCACCUUUUAAACUGUCACACUUACAGUGAAAAAGAAACAUUUGCUGUCCCUUCUGAUACUAUGCACAAAUCCAGUUUGCAUUUAAAUUUUUAACGCACAUUAGUGCAGCAGAUAUUAUUUUUAACAGAUGAUUUAUACUCUGGCGGCUUAACAUAAAAAUAACAUUUUACGACUGCUUAGUAAUUCUGUAUUUUCAUGAUCAUUACACACAAUUAAAAGAAAAGAAGACACACAGUCUCUCAUGUGUGAAUUUGAUAAUAGUAUAAACUGUUGUGUAUAUCUGUUUAUUUUGGAGUGACAUCUAGAAACAUUUUCAUAUUUGGAAGUAAUAAGCCUAUAUGCAACUCUGUUGCAUACUUCAUUUUGGACAACAUGAAUUUCCUUUACGUUUUAUGAUUUCAGAAUGUUGAUUCAUAUCUGUAAGUAUCUGCUACAUGUUUCAAUUUUAUCUUAGUUUUGAUGUUUCUUUGUUGGAACAGAUUCACAGGUACUUUCAAGUGCAAAAAAGUGCCAAUAUUCUUGCCUGUCAUUUGGUUGAUACAAAAAGCAUAAUUAUUUUAACUGAUCCUGAUAACUGAAAGCAAUUUCUUAAGGUGUUUGUUGUACUUAUUUUUAAUGCACACUGUACAACUCCAUAGUAAGUUUUGUAGGGAGGGUGGCAUCCACCAGAAAAGCCAACUGUUGUCUGGAUUAAGCUGGUAUGCUACAAGAAACCGAAGUGGCAAGCAUUUUUUAUCCUUAUUAUGAAAUGUUACAAACAGUUGAUUGUUUUCGUUUAUGUACUAGCAUCAAGAAUGUAUACAAACUUAUUUUUCAUUCUGAGGUUUCUCUGUGCCCCUUGAAUGUUAUCUGUUCCCCCUUCGAGAACAUUUUAAUAUGUGCACAAACAAUAUCCACUGUUACUUUACAGUAUUACUCAUUGUAACUUCUGUAUUUUGCUGUACAAUGUGUAAUCACAUUAUGGUCAUGAAUAUACAUGGACAAUCCUUGGAUUUCUUUUCUGUACACACUUUAAAAUUGUUUUCAGAGCAUUUGUAUAUUAUGGUGACACUGAUUCCCCCAAAGUUAUAAGUAAUGCUCAGAGUAAUUUAGUUUACUUGAUGUACAUUUUUUGUAAUCUCAAAUGUACUGUGGAAUUUUCCUUCGGAAUUUAAAAAAAUAUCAUUGUCAUUUAGUUGCCAGUGCUGAUGAUUUGAGUGAAUGGAUCAAUUAAUUAUAAUAUGUGAAAUGCUGCGAAUGUCUACAGCUUAUGAGUCAUCAUUUCAUUUGCCAUAAUAUAGGGAUUUUGUUGCACUUUCUUUCCUCACCAAAUGUUUUUAGUGGGGCUUGUCUGUAUUAGUGUACUACCUUAUGUGUUCUUACAUAAAAAUUCCUAAUUAUUGUUUCAUUUUUUGUUUAAAUGAUUGAAACUAAAAAAAAACUUAAAAACAACUAUGCAGCAUUUGUAGAUGUUCAGUGUACAGGCUGCUUAUGAAUGAAUUACUUUUAUGAUUGCAUUUCACAAGAAGUCAACUGUGUACUGUAAAGUCAGCAUCAAACACUUAACUUAAGAAGAGAAAGUGUGGUACUGUUGCCAGGAAAAAGGAAACCAGAAAGAGAGAGAGAAUUCCCUUAGUGUGCAUUGCAUUUUUGUUUCUGUUAUAAAAAGAUUCUUACAUAAUACAUGUCGUGUGUGUGUGUGUGUGUGUGUUUUUUUUUGGUGGAAUAACCAUCGAAUAUUUUAGUGUCCUUGGUCAGGAGAUAAAAGGCAAUAUUUCGAAGAAAGAUAGAGGAGUAUAGUUCUAUUAAGGGAUACCAUCUGUUUUUAUUUCUAUACUUAUUUGACUUUCAUUUCAGCUUUUAUUACCCUUGUUCAUCCACAUUGUUUAACACAGUAUUGUUAGGAAUUGUGUUUUGGGGAUAAAAUAAGAGUAUAAGAAAACAAUGAGAGGUACUUUCUCUGUGUUUGUCAGUCCUUCACACAGUGUUCUAUUUUUCUCAUUUGUCAGAUAUUGUAAGCUCAUACAGGCAAGAAAUUUCUGUAACUUUAUUACAUUUCACUAAUUCAUAAAAUUAGUGAGAUUUAAAAAAUCAAUUUUGUCUCAGUGUAACUGAAAAAGUAAUGUGGAACCACAUGAGGUAGAAGAGAAGACUGAAUCUCAAGCUUAAAAAACAUAAAUGAGGAAGGAUAUCUUCAGUACUUGUCUGCCUUCUGGCCUUACUUUCUAAGUGACUUGUUCAGUAUUAACCUUUUAUUCCAUCAUGUCAACUCUGUCACUUCUGUCUGUCUCUUCACACACAGUGUGAGAUGUAUUCGUGUUUCAAUGAAAAAGAAACCCCCUAAUGUAAAAGGCUGCUAAGUAACUUGUUGUGGCAUUUCACAAGUGUUACAAAAUGUGAUAGGUGUGAUCAUUUUAAUG